AAGGAGAAAUCAACCACAACCAAGAAGUAUUUCCCUCAAAAAGUCAACAAAAACAACAAAACAACAGGGACUGUCUCAGCCUUUAAGGUCCCAUUAUGUAUUUAUCUGAGAAAUCCUUCCAAGGAGGAACAUAUAUUUCUCCCAGAAAGAUGGAAGAAGAGGACAACAUCUUCAAUGAAAGACUAAGAAAAACAUUUUAUUAUGGCAAACUGCCUGGAACAGAAAGGCCAUCCUUACCUGUCACUGACUUGUUGGUUGAUUUCUACAAUGAUGCUGCCCCUCGGGAACUAGGAAAGCUAGACAAUUACCUGGCUGCAUCCACGUCAAGGUCGGCAUGUAUUUCACCAUCAUCUGUCAUGGCUGGGAUGGUGUACGUGAAGCGACUGAAGAAAAAGCAGCCAGAGUAUCUCACACAAGUGUCAUCUUCUGAGCUCUUCCUUAUUUCUAUGAUGAUGGCUUCUAAGUUUUUGUAUGACGAAGGUGUAGACGAGGAAGUCUUCAAUGAUGAAUGGGCAAAUUCUGGCGAUGUAGAAACAGAAGAUGUCAACCAACUGGAACUGGACUUUCUGGCGGCAAUUGAUUGGCAACUGUUUGUUAGACCUGAAGAAUUUUCUGACAUGUUACACAAGAUUGAGAGAAGGGUUGCGUUAAAACAAGGGCGAGAGAGAGGUUGGUUCUCCUACACAGAUUUAAUGGUGCUAUCACAAGACUUAAAAUUUAUGAACUGGAAUGACCUUGUAUCGGAACUUUCGACUGUAUUUUCGGCAACCUCACUCGCUUACUUGGCUGGCAUAUUGACAAUGGUUGGAUCCACCAUGUUGGGAACAGCAACAUCCUUGACCUUGAUGAAUACUGGUUCAACUGUCCUUCCGCUGUGCAUCAGAGCCCUGCCAGCACUGACCUUGUACCCAGAACUUUCUCUGGAACCCAGAAAUCCAGGGUCAUUGGUAGAGUUAUCAAGGUCAGAGGUCAUUGGCGUGAAUAGUACAGAGUUAAAUGACAUUUCUAAAGGUCAUCUUGAAAGUCUUCAGGAACUGAACGAAAGUAACCCAGGUUACCUUGGAGACAGAGACACUGUCGUGGAAAAUGAGUCUGGAAAUGACCUUGACUCGAAGACGGACACAAGGUCACAACACAAAGAACAAAAUGGACUGCUAAACGGAUUCCUACCCCCUUUUCUUGCCCUUGUUACUCUAAAAGAUACACUAUUAAACUUUGCAUACGGUGCUAGGCUUUCUUAUGAACCGAAUAAGGACUCUGAUCAAGGCAAAGUUGAAGCUAGAGAUUCGACCAAAGCCCCAGAAGAAACCAAAGAAUUCUGUUCAUCUGGCCCAUGUCUUGUCGACUCCUGGCCCAACUGUUGGAAUGUCUCCAUGGAAACGGACUGGUUUACAAAAGGAACUUGGACUGAGCAUAGUUGUCUUGGUGAAGCAAGCUGCUGUUCUCAUUGCACGCGAAAUAUGAAAAUGAAAGAUCGUCCUGGACUUGAUACUAAUUUGUUGAAAGGUGCUGAAAUUAUUCAUUGUUGCUGUCGCCAAGGAAACACGGGCAACUCGUGGUUGAAAGGUUCAUUACACACUGGCAUGCUGGACAUUAAUUUGAGAUUUGCGACACAGUCAAUCUAUCCAGUGUUCGUAACAACAUGAAAACUAGGCUUACAACAGAUUUUUGUUUCAGAUUUCCAUUUUUAGUUGUUUUGUUUCCUUUUUUAGUCAAUUUUGAAUUAAAGAAGAGUAAUAAAUUAAAGUUAAGUUUAUUUAAGAGUUGUAAAAGUUAAACAGAAGUUUCAUUUUUACUAUUAAACCAGUAUAAUUGUUUUGUUUUCUUAAGGUAGUUCUGCACGUUUGAUAAGCUAUAAAUAAUGACAUAACAUCAUAUAUCCUGAAAGCAUAGAAUAAAGCCUGGAUUCUGGGAAAAGAAAUGAAAAUUAUUUUACGAAUUAAUGGCCACAAUUGAAUAAAUUUUUUACAACAGCAACAUAACAAAAGUCAAAAUACAUCUGACACAUUAAUUAAUUCCAGAGAAUGUCCUAUACAGGGUAAUCAGCUUGAAAUGUGUGCAUCUUUUUAAUCAUGGGCAAAUAUCAAAAACAAGCACACGGACAUACUUUUUAUUCCACCAUACUAAAGGCCAUAUGUUAACAGCUGCAAGAAGUUAUACAUUAUAAAAAUUUUCUGUUAGCGAAAAUGUUACCGAAAUUGUGAUUUUCCCAUAGACCGCCACUAUGAAAAUCGUGUGAGAUCAAAAUUUUCAUAUCUGUGUAGCAAAAUAUCGGGCACACGGCCCUAUGUUUUUUAUUUGCUGAAUUUUCUUAGUAUAUUUUGAAGUUUUCAAAAAUCAAGGCUUAAUCAAAUUCUACAUUGUAGAAAAAAAUAUGGUCCAAACUACCUUAAAGUAUGCAAGAAAUUAUUUUAACCUUUGAAACAAAAAUCUGUUGUAUUAAUAAAGUGUAUGUCUAAUCAAUUAUUUAAAGCAGAGAAUGACAUGUUCAAAACUACAAUAUCUAAAAAAUUUAAGCAAGAAAAUAAAAUACCAGCUUCAUUUUUUGGAUUCAGAUAUUUUUGUACUUUAUAAAUCAAUCUUUUUAUACAUGCUUACUUAUUAAAAGAAAAAGUUAUACAAAUUAUUUGAAUUUGAAUGUAUCAUGCAGAUUUCUUAAAUACGAGAUCAGAAAGGAUGUGCCAAAGAAACAGUGAACUGAUUAGAAUUCACAUGUAUUUAACAUUAGUCCAAAUUUCUGCUGGGAAAAGUUGUGUAUCCCUUUGGAUAUCUCUCUGAAAACCAGGCAGUUACCCCUUCCUACUUACACUUAUGUACCUUAAUUUCCUUAAACAUUUUUCCUAGUAGGCUUCAUCAAAAUUGUAAAACAUUAUAAAUUUUUGACAUAUACAGCUUUUCAAAUAUAAAUCCAAACGGAUAAAGUUGUGUUUGAUUCCUGACUUGGACAAUUUUUUAAUUUGUAGAUUUGGCAUUUCUCAGAUAGUUUAGAAUUGAAAACUCGUAUUCUAAUGUUCAUAUUAUGCACAGACUUCAAUUUUAAAGAAAGAAAAUUUUUAGCAAAAAUCUAGAGGUCAGAGCCUUUAAUUGAUUAGAUAUAUUAGGAAAGUAAGGUACUACAGUAUAUACCAACUAAUUUGACCUAUACAUUUUAGGAUUUAAGCAACAUAUAAAAAAAUUGUUUUAUUUCAUUUCCGUAUAAUCUAUUAUAUAUGAUUACUCUCUCUGAAAUUCGAGAGUAAAUUAAUUAUUCUCUAAACUUUCAUAACAGUAAGAUAUAAAACAAACACAGAAAGUAGGAAUAAGGCUAAUAUUUGGCAGUAAGUAUCGAUUUACAUUAUAUAUCAGCACAAUACACGUUUUAUUCAACAUUCAUCGUUUCCGGUUGUCGUAGUCUUGUUGGAAUGGAAUGGAAAACUGAAACGAAACUAACUUAGAAUUGAACAAAAUUUCAAAGUAAACUAAAAUAAAAGUAACAAGUAACUGUACACUGCUUGGACUGAAAAAGAACUAUUUCUAGAAAUGAUUAAAUGUAAAACCAUCAACGUCAUAUCCUCUUGAGUAACUCCGCCUGUGAAAGAACUGUAUGUGAAAAUGAAAAUAAAAUCAAAAAUAGUAGAGUAAGAAUAUUUUUAUUCUCGCUUAGUGUCCAUAAAGAUGCAUACAACUAGAAAAUCGUGUAUAAAAAUCUGAACUAUUAUAGAUCGAUUGAUAAGAAUGCUUUAAACCUCUUAAGCAUAUGGGGAGGGUGGGUAGGGCAUACACUAUUGUAAACUUCACUGCCAAAUAUUUAACCUCGAGAUGAAUUAAAGUUACGUUGUAAUGGUAUAUAUAUAUACCCAAUACACAAAUGCACGAUAAUCACGAGACCUGAACUACUGUAAAGACUGUUAAAUUAGCAAAACGGUAAAGACUGUUAUUGUCGUACCGAGAAUAAUUUCAUACAAUUUUAUUAUUUAUCAAACCUUAUCUGACACUGCUGAAGCUUCUGGAAACUUGUUUUUCAUUUCGUUAGGAAAACUAAUUGGUAUUUCUGCAUUGAAUCUUUUGGCCUUAGUAGUAAGGUUAUAAAAUUACGUGAAGGAAAAUCAGAGUAUAAUUUCCAAAUUUAGAAUUUGCAUUUGGUUAUUUGGAAAAUAAUAACAUUAAAAUUCCUUAAAUGCUGAAAAAAAAAA